AUGGCUCCCAAACGCCAGGCCUCGAGCGAUGAAUCGUACCUAGUGAUCGGCGGUGAGUAACCUGCACAGACCAUUCGAUGUCGCUUCCGACGCGCCAUCUGACCCUUGCCCUCCCCCACGGCCUGCCCACUCGUCUCGCUUUCUCUCUCGUCGCGCGCACCCAUCCAUCACCUGCAUCACCCCUCCCGCGUCUCCGUGUCUCCGACCCGCGCUCCGCGAUGCUGUUGCAGGCGAGGGCUUCCUCGGCUCGACCUUGGUCAAGGCACUCGUGAACCGCUACCACGGUGCACCCGUCGCCUCACUCGACAUCGUGCAGCGUCACUUCCCCGAAAAGUCGUCGUGGGCAUUUCACUCAGCCGAUCUGACCUCGCUCGAGCAACUCGCCAAGGCGAUCAAGGCCAGCUCCGCUACGACCGUGUUCCACACCGCGUCGCCGUGGACCGGGUCCGGCGCCGACGUGUGCGAGAAGGUCAACGUCCAGGGAACCCAGACCAUCGUCGACGCGUGCGUGCAGGAAGGCGUAAAGAAGCUCGUCUUCACCAGCAGUGCGGGCACCGUCUACAACGGCGUCGAUCUCAUUAACGUCGACGAGCGAAUGCCCUUUCCGGACAAGGCCAUCGACCCGUACAACGCCACCAAGGUACGCCAUCGCGUUGUGGUACCAGUUUUGAAUGUGACGAGACCCAUCCGAGUCACUGACAUGCCGCUGCAUCGACGCUACCUGGCGCGCAGGCCAAAGCGGAGACGAUCGUGCUCGAAGCCAAUGGACGGAAUGGCCUAUUGACCAUUGCCCUCCGACCCGCUGGUAUCUUUGGGUGCGUAUGCCCACGUACAAGGAGAUUUGUGCGAUCGGGGCGCGGUGACUGAUCCCCCGUUUCGUGGCAUCUCGCAGUCCAGGAGAUCGACAAGCGCUGCCCGGGGUGCUCGACGUGCUCAAGUCGGGCAAGACCAACUUCCAAAUUGGAGGCAACCUCAAUCUCUUUGACUGGACCUACGUUGAUAACGUUGUCGAGGCCCACCUGAUCGCGUCCGAGCGGUUAGGGGCCAAAGUCUCGUCUGACGCGCUCGAUACACGCCUGCCCGCCGUCGACAAGAGCAUCGCUCGACGCGUGCUCCCAACCUCGACAUACCGGCCACCCGCGCUCUACGACAUUGAGAAGAAGAUUGAACCAUCUUUCAAAAACACCUCCGAACCCGAUGCCCCGCUCCAGGCCGCACGGAACCGUUUCGACCAGUUCAGCCACGAAUCAGCCGGCUUCGGCAACGAGAUGAGUGUGACCGGUCAGGCCUUUUUCAUCACGAACGGCGAACCGAUCCCCUUCUGGGACUUCCCGAGAGCCGUCUGGGCUGAGUACAACGGCCACGUCCCGUCGUUCACCAUCCAGCUCCCCGUCACCGUCGGGAUGGCGUUUGCCGAGAUUGGCGAGGUGAUCGGCAAGGUCACGGGCAAGACACCGAACUUGACGCAGGGCAAGGUCGUCUAUUCGACCGUGAACCGGUACUACAACAUUGAAAAAGUGGGUCAUGCUCCACAAUUCCUCUGUUUUAGCGAUACUCGAUGCUAAACGAUGAGUCUCGCCCACAGGCCCGAAGAGUGCUGGGCUACGAGCCCGUCGUCGGACUGCACGAGGGCAUCAAGCGAGCAGUCGCCGUGAGUGUAGCUCUAAACCGGGUUGGUGAGUAGUACUUAGCUGAUCCCGUGUAUUUGGUUGAUUCGAUAGUGGUACAAGGAGAACGAAAAGGUCACAGCAGAAAAGGCCUAA